UCCCUCUCUCCUCCUCUCUUUCGAAGUUUCUCCUUUCUUUUCGCAAAUUCAAAGAGUGAAACAGAAACUGUACGAAAGCAGAUGGAGUCCAACAGAGCUGCCGAGACUAUCAAGUUUCUUUGUAGCUAUGGCGGAAAGAUUCUCCCUCGCUAUACCGACGGCGAGCUUCGUUACGUCGGCGGCCUCACCCGAGUCCUCGCUGUCGAUCGUUCUAUUUCCUUUGCAGAAUUAAUGGUGAAGCUUGGAGAAUUCUGUGGCUAUUCUGUGAAUCUGAGGUGUCAGUUGCCGAGCGGAGAUCUGGAAACCCUAAUUUCAAUCUCCUCAGACGAAGAUUUGGCGAAUCUCGUUGAAGAGUACGAUCGCGCUUCGUCGUUGAUGUCUCAUCCUCUGAAGAUCAGAGCCGUCCUUUCGCCACCGACGUCUCUCAAAAAAAUCUCUCCCCCUCCGUCGAUGACUCCGAGCGUGAAUUUCUCCAUGCCUGGAUCGCCGUUCGUAUCCGUUGAUUCGUUGAAAAACUCGUCACCCUACCGGUUCGUCCCGCGGAAUUGUUUGCCUGCGGUCGGGUAUCCCGCCGGCGCUCGGAAUUGCUCCGGAAAAGCCUAUCGGUAUAGCCGCCAUGUCCAGGAUAACCCUAGAGUUUCGUCUCCGUAUUAUGUUCCUCACUGCAAUUACUGGCACUGAGGCCCCUAAAAAAAAAAACGCAUAGUUAAUGAACCUAUACUAGCAAAGAAAAAUUGAUGAUGACGAAGAACGAAGAACUUAAAAAAAAAAAAAAAAGUGAGUGUAUAGUUGCGUUGGAUAUUGUGAUUGAUUAUGAAUUUUGAAGGAUUUGUGGUUUUUAAAAAAUCCUUAUUGAAUGGAGAUGAUAGAUGAAUUUGUGCCUGCAACUUUUCUGCCCUGGCCGGGGUUCCAUAUUCGCUGCAACUUGUUUGUUUGGCACAAAGAUGAGCCCGUUAGGGUUCCGUCAUUCGCCGUUAAUCUGGACAAGGCCGCGUUCUUUUCUGUUUGUUCCACGUACUCGUUUUUUACAGACGUGAAUUCCAGUCAGAGGUCUUACUGUGUCAAACUGUGCUGUUGACACGUUCGGGCUUCAGAGUCAGUCGGCCGAGUUGCUAACACGUGUGAGUUUUUCUGUUGUGUAUAAGAUUUUUUAUUUCUUUAUUUAUUUGAAUUAAUUUGUAUUAAUAAGCGUGAGUUGUUUUCUGGUUUGCAGGUCAACAAGGGAGGCAUCAGAUGCCAUUUGGCUCCUUUGAAGGUUCCAAGGAGAGCACUUGCUCUGAACUUUCUUUCUGGGAGACUAUUAACUUGUCCCGAAAUUAACGGCUGGGAUUGCUUAGUGGGAACGAUAGAAUUUUAUAGGCAAACGUGAACUUAAAUAUAUUCAUGGAAUUACGAAAUAAUCUAAAUUAAUUAUUAAUUGAAACCCAAAAAUUUAAUAGUUAAUUGAAGCAAGAUUUGACUGCUUAAUUUAAACCCAAGGAAGGGUUGAAACCUUGACUGUGUAAAACAUGAAUAGUAUUAGUAUACAGUGGUUUGAAAUGGAGGAAGAAAGGACUCAAAAGUAAAUUCCAAGGCAGAACUUUCUGUCUACUUCUCGAAUCAUGACGAAGGAAUCGUCAUGAACACUUAACACUGGAAAAGAGAAAGAA